AUGCCCAAGCGCAGUCUCUUAGUAGAGGCGGCGGCAUCUGCCCAGCUAGGUGUCUGGGGAGAGACACGAAACCCGGGAGAGCAGAAGCGACUUCAGAGCUUUGUCUUUAAGUGUCUGCCUGUCAAGUGCAUGCUUGGUGGAGCUCGCUUUGGAGGCAGUGCUCCCUUUCGGGUGGUUACGGUUGGGUCCCGAGGCCCCCUGUCCCUCAAUCCGCCCCGCCCCCGGACAAACCCCUCCCAGAGGCGUUCCAUUCUGUGCUGUGGGGCUGCUGGGCCAUCGUUUGCGCUGGCAAAGCGGGAAAGGGCGCUCGGUUUUGCAGGACGGCCUUCAAUGGUGGCUCUGCAGGGCACUUCUUCACAGGUCAUGGCUGCCCUCUGUGUGCCAUCCCCAGGCGGUCCUGCAGUGCCCCGGGACGUCCUGGGGAGAGGGGAGGCCACAGCUUGGUCUUCUCUCCAAAGGAGCACAACAGGCAGCAUCCCCGUCUCCCAGCUCCAGCCUCAGCCCAUCCGCACCCCCACCCCAGCCCUGCCCUGGAUUCUUCCAGCAGAAGCGGGGCGAGAUAGGAAAGCUGCUCCCCAGUGGCCAGGGCACUGUAAGGAGGCUGCUGCCAAGGUCCAGCCCAGAACAAUGUCUUCUGGAGUCUCUGCUUGGGUCCUGGCCCCUGUGCCUGAGGAUGAUGCUGGUCAGACACAAGAGGAGUGUAGCAGUGCUUCUUCACACUAUUCCAGUGAGACCUUGGAAUCCUGCAAAGAGGAGGAGGAGGUGGUGGUCAAAGAAGAAUGUCAGUUGGCCAAAGGGGAACCCUCUGACCGGUCAGUGCCUUCUGCAGAAUUCCAGGCUGUGUCCCUUGCCUCUGAGAGCCAUCCUGUGAGCAAGAAGCCGACACCAAGCUUCGAUGAUGGAGAUGAACCAGUGAGCCCAUUGGACUCUGUCGCCGUGGAAGCAAAAUUGAAUGAGAUGUGGAUCCAGGUUGUCAAGGCCAAAAAAGGUGCUGCUGGACAGCUCCAGGCAGGCCUCACAUCCCCAGUAGAGCACGUCAGGUACCAUGGUGGUCGGUCACCUUACUAUGAAGAUGUGAAACCUGAGGUCCAGAGAGGACCUGCGGGCCUGGAGAGUGAAUCAUUGCCCCUGAACCUUCCAGAAGUUGCAGAGGCCUCAAAGGGAGCCCUGGAUGCUCUGCAGUCAUUUUGUGCCACUGAGAGAACCCCGAUUGGUCAGCAGCGGAACCCUCAGGAGGCAUGGAGUGGCAGGCAGCAAAGAUUGGGUGCAGAGAAGCCCAGGACACUUGAGAUGAACAGCUCUGUUCUUUCUCAUGUGAGAAACAGACUGUACCUGCAGAACCCGAGGGUGACACCCAACAAGGCUUCAGCAGUUAAAGAGCAUGAGAAUGCCCAGUGCCUGGAAUAUACUAAGAAAAAAGGAGAAGUAGGCCAGAAGACCUUUCGGCGCAAGAAAAUAAGUUUCAUGGAUUCAGCGCUACACAAAGAGAAGAUGGAAGAGCGUCGCCAUGCCAAAGAUCUUCUCAGCCUCAUUGAAGAAGUCCACCAAAGUCUCCCCAGGCUUCCCAGUGACCCGGAGGCCAUCUGGAAAAGAUGGAAUUCUCAAGGUCAUGUUGGGUAGACUGUGGUUCAUCCCAGUCCAGAGUAGAUUUUUCCAGGAUGGAAACAGGCCCUCCCGCCUCCAUCCUAUGGCCCAGCUAAAGCCUUUUAGGUGUAGCCAGCUGACAAUGACACCUUGAUCAAUAAACACAUGUUUCUGUUGUG